AUGCUUCAGCAGAAUAGCUUGAGCAUGAUGGUGUUCCUCACUGCUUUCGGUGCUGUGGCUGCAGCAAAUAUCGAUCCUUGCGGCGCCUCAAUCAGACAUGGAUACAACUACGCAACACAAAUCACGAUCAAGAAGAAUUUGGCCAAAGCUACGGGCGCCAGCUACGAUGCAAAUGCAUGCAAACUUCAAUGUCAGUCAAACUUUGAGAUGUCAUUUCUCCAGGCGGCGGAACGGGGCUCUUUGACAUCGUGUCAGAAGGAAGAUCCUGCUUGCUUGAACGUUGUUGCUGUGGUCAACACUGACAGCUGUGCAUGUACAUUCGAAGUUAUAUUAAGCGAGAGCACUAUUUCAGGCCAGCUGGACAACUAUUGCUCAAUUAGCAGGAUUUCAGACAGGCUUUACCAGGGCCUCAAAGUGGAAAAGAAUCCUAAUGGUGUUGCGCAGAGGCGAAUAUGCUGGCAACCUGAAAGUCACUGCGACAAAAAGUAUCGCAAAGGCAAAUGA